GCUGUUUUUGUCAUUAUCUAACUUUUUUUUAUUUAACACGUUGUGUUCAUAUAAGUCGAUUCUAAAUAAGUAGUCAAGUCCGGAUCAUCCACAAAGAUAUGUCCCGAAUUUCGAAGCGCAUCUAUGAGCCUCGCGCCGCUUAUCCGGAUCGUACCAAAUCCGAGGAGAAGUCCGUCACGGAGCUGAAUGUGACGAUCAAGAAGCUGGACACGGCACUUUUGCUGCUUAGCUCGAUGGAGGAGUGCGUCCUGAUCUCUGUCUUUAGCCAUAUAACGGACUUUGCUCGCCGCCAGGAUGCGAAUGUCCUGGAAUUGAAGGAACAUCGGCUGCUGGAAUUACUCCUGGAGAAGGAGUUAUUCAUCAGCUGGGACAGCACAAUGAUUCGCCGGUUCGCCUUGUAUCUGCUCACGGCUCUGCUGGACAUCGUGGACAUGUCCACCUUUGAGCCAAAUCAGCCGAAUCAGAUCCUGGAACUGGCCCGCACGUACUACCUAAGGGAGUCCGACGACUUCUGCAUCGAGUAUCUGACAUACAUUCUGAACGUGUGCCUGAGAGAUCCGCAGAUGGCGCACAGUAUUGUGGAUGAAACAGAGUUCCUGGAAAAGUUCAAGCUCGUGUUCAUAAAUUCCGAGAACCCGGACACGGUGUUGCAUUCCAUCGAGGCUCUGCAUCAGAUGCUGCAGGCCCAGAGCGCCGACCAGAUGCUGCAGUUCACGACGCAGCCUGACUUUCCGGUGGAUCGCAUCAUCUGUGAGGUGACCAGCGAGUACCAGGAGAUUCGCAAGGCGGCCUUAAAGGCCCUUAAGACCCUGCUGUCGGAUACGGGAGAGGACAGUGUCUUUGAGCCCAUGUAUCGCUGCUUUAUGGUGCUGGAGCAGCUGGUCAAGGCCUUCUGCGACAAUCCCCAGGGCCCCGAGGCGACCGAUAUAAUUGAGGUGCUAGCCACGGCCCUGCGUUCUGAAAAAAUGACCAAGCUAUUCUUCGAGCAAAACCUCUUUGAUAUGGUGGUCGAGCAGCUGCAGGUGUACAUGGACCAGCUGCCGCUGCAGAUGCGCUGCACCAUCAUUUCCAUCUUCGCGGAAACUGCCCAGUACGAGCAGUUCUUGUCGCGCAUGCACAAGGCGGAAAUCACGGACAUGUUCCUGAAAUGCCUCAUGGAGAACAAGCCAGCACCGGCUGCCUUUGUGAUCCAGGGUCUGUGUCGUCUCUCCCAAUACCCGGAGGCGCUACGUCGUAUCGUGGCCGAGUAUAAGGAGGGUGCAAUUCGUAAGCUAGUUUCCAUCCUGCUGUCAUCGGAAGUGGCCAUCAAGACGCGAGAACAGGCGGCCGAGUUCCUAUCUCGCCUGCUGGUGGCGUCCUUCCGGGAGACGGCCAUUCAGCUGCAGGAGCAGGACAUAGCCGCCGUCCUCGCCACUGUCUUCGCCCAGGGACUGCCAGCUCUCUCCAUUGAUCUAAUUCUCUCGCUGCUGACAGUGAUUGAGACUCUGGCUCAAAACGAGGAGUACCGAACCCUUCUGGGGGUGUAUUCAUCCUUGACAGAACAGAUUGCCCAGCUUUUAAUGCGUGCCUUUGCCCACUCGAUCCUGGUGAACAACAUCUUCCGAUGCUUUUGCACGCUGAUUGAUGAGGAGCGGGUGCGUCUGACUCUGCUGGAGAACUACAUAGUGACUUCUAUCAAGCGUGCCCUCAAAUCGCUGUCCAAUCUGGUGAAGACCUCGGUAACCAAUUUCAUACUGCAAACUACGCGCUUCAAUGAGUUCAUCGACGUCUACAUCGAUCGCGGCAUUCUGGAAGUUUUGAUAGACUACCAGAAGCACGCCUUCUGCGUUUCCACUUGGGGACCGGCCAUCGAGAGCAUUCUGUCCAAGUGCCCGACCCUGAAGUUUUGCAUCCGCAAUUGCCUCACUUUUACGGACAUAACCGCUGGAAAGGACUUCUAUGUGCCUCGCAAAAUGUACGAAGACUUUCGCAUCUUCCAGAACAUCCUGCGCACCGACUGCUCGCCGCUGGACGCUGUGCUGGUGGUGAACUUCGAUCGUCCCACGGCGGAUAAGUGCGAUCUAGUCGAUGUGCCCCUUAGGUGCUUGCACACAAUCACGGAGCAGACUGCCGAAGAGGGCUGGAUCUACUGCAAGCGUCCCGGGGACUCGUAUCUUCCGGAAUACCUGGAGGCACUAAAUCAGACGCUGGAGGAGAAUGGUUUGGUGGAGAAUCCCGAACGAGUCCGACGCUCCAUUGACUUCGACAACGUAGCCAAGCGCAGCAGGCUGAUCGCCCAGGCGGUGGCGGGCGUAAUGAGCGACAAUCUCAAGAUCUUGGACCUAAACUCGACGGAGGAGUGCUCCCGCCACACGGUCAACUGUCAUAUGGCUGACCUGCGCUACGUUUAUCACACCAACUUCAUCCCGAUCGGAGCAGUGCGCAGUGGCUGCCAGUUCGAGCGAGCGAUCCUCUUCAAGGGUUUGGCCGACCAGAUCGGACUCCCAUGCACUCUGCAGCGCAGCGUGGAUGGCCGAGUGCUAUACAACGAGGUGCCGCUGCCCCUAGAGCCCGAGGAGGAUGUGCACUGCGACAAGAAGACGCUCAAGUUCAUGCCUUGGCGGAUGCUGAGACCCACCCAUGUGGUUGAUCUCAUGUACAACGUGGGUGAUCUGUAUCCCAUGCAAAGCCGGCAGGCGCUCCAGUACCUGCGUCUCUACUGAUUUACAGUUUUCACUGUACCACCACUAUCACUGUACCACAGUUACUACUGUACCCAUACAGUUGCGUUUUCAAAAUUGCACCGUCCAGUUGUUUGUAAAAAAAAUUAGUAAAGAGCAGCAUCCUGGAAGGUUAGCUGUAUAUUGUUAUUUAGUUUAAAA